AGACGGCAUUGGACACCUAUGGUGCCAUUGACAUCCUGGUCUCCAACGCCGCCGUCAACCCCGUCAUGGGCAGCACCCUGGAGGUCGAGGAGGCAGCCUGGGAGAAGAUCUUCCAGGUGAACGUAACGGCAGCAGCGAUGCUGGUGAAGCUGGUGUUGCCUCACAUGGAGAAGAGAGGUGGAGGCACCGUGGUGUUGGUGACAUCAGUGGCCGGCUUUAUUCCCAACCCAGCUCUGGGCCCAUACAGCGUGAGCAAAACAGCACUGCUGGGGCUGGUGAAGGUGUUGGCCCCGGAGCUGCGCGCCCGCGGAGUGCGGCUCAACGCCGUCGCACCCGGCCUCAUCCAGACCCGCUUCAGUGCCGCCCUGUGGAAGAACGAGGCCACCAAGGAACAGAUGAUGUCCCUCAUGGGGAUCGACAGGCUGGGAACGCCAUCGGAUGUGGCCGAGGUGGUGGCAUUCCUCUGCUCCCCCGCCGCCUCCUACGUGGUGGGAGAGACCGUGGUGGUGGCCGGGGGGACGCCGUCCCGCCUCUAAAGACCCCCGAAGAGGGAUGGCAUCACUGUGUGGCAGCGGGGUGGUGGGAGAGACAUCCGUGUCUGUAGGGGAGCUCUGGGGACACCUGACGGGAUGCUGAGCUUUAGUCCAGGAGGAUGGGUAGACCUCCAGGUCUAUAGGAGGCACCUGGGGCCAUCCGGGGGGAGCUGGGGCCUGCAGAAAACUUCUGGGUGUGCCGUGGAGGUCUUUGUAGGCCCCAGUGUCCCCUUGGAUGUCCCCGUAGUGUUUCUAGGGGGAGCAACAGGGAAUACUGAGGCUUACAGAAGCAUCUGGGGACAUCUGGGGUGGUCCCUAAGGAAUACUGAGGGCUGUAGGGGGUGCUUGGGAUCUGUGGGGGAUAUUGUGGUCUACGGAGAAGUGGAAGGGGCUUUGUAGGAGACACUGAAGUCAAUAUGGGGCGUUUGGGGAAAUCUAUGGGGACAUGGAGGCAUAGCGACAUCUCAGGGACACCAGGAUCCAUAGGGGACAUUCUAGGAGCUGCCAGGUAAAUUUGGGGUCACUUCAGCAUGUUUGAGGCACUUUGGAUCCCCCAAUAAAUCCACUGACGCUGCCCUGGUUA